CCCAACCCUCGGGAUUCCCCCGAUUUCGGCCGCAUUGUGGGGGAUAAGCACUUCCAGCGGGUGCAGGCGCUGCUGCGCAGUGGGCGUGUGGUCAUCGGAGGACAGACAGAUGAGAAGGAGCGCUACAUUGCUCCCACGGUGCUGGUGGACUUGCAGCCCUCUGAUCCUAUCAUGCAGGAGGAGAUCUUCGGCCCCAUCUUGCCCAUUGUCAUUGUGGCCAAUAUGGAUGAAGCCAUUGACUUUAUCAGGAGCCGUGAGCAGCCGCUGGUUGUGUAUGCCUUCUCCUCCAAUGACAAG